GCGACGCGACAGUGGAUACGCAGUCAACAAAAUAUCGCUCAGCCCAUCUGAUUCACUAUUGAUUUUCUUCAAUAACAAGGCAGAGGAAAGUGGACAAAAAGAACGCAAUUUGGGAAAUACAAAACUUGGAAAUUCGGAAUGACGAGAUGCAGCCUUGUAUUGGGUGUCCUGCUGGCCCUUGGCAACCUUAUUCACGCCAGUGAUAUUACGGAUAAAGUUUUUGCAGAUAUUAAAGAGGGCAUUGUUGCAGCUUUCGGGGAUUUCAAUUCCGACGAACUCACGGAUGUUUUUGUGAUUCGCGAUGGGAUGAGGAGGUUGCAGAUACUCUUUGGGCACUACACGGAGCCUCUACUUAAACUGGGACCCGAGUGCCAGUAUGGAGAUAGGACCAUUGUUAGUGUUAUACCCGGAGAUUUUGAUGGCGACGCCCUAAUGGACGUGCUGGUAAACCUGAAGGGCAAGGACGAGGACACCUACGAGGUGCUCAUCAACUGGGGCAAUACCACCGAACUGAAGUGCUCCAAUAAGUCACUAUUCACCAGCAAAGGAGAGGUAAUGGCCCUGGACUUUAACCGCGACAUGAUUAUCGAUUUAUACGGACUUGACUCUGUGGGAGUGCGCACAUUCUGGAUAUUCAACAGCAGUAGGCUUCCGCCUGAGCCAGUACACCAAGCAGAACCCACAGAAAUCAAGGAAAACUCGUUGAGCAUCCCCAAUGCAAAUGCCUAUCUGGAUCUGAACGGCGACUUCUUGGCCGAUCUGUUCUUGCAGACGAACACCUCCUACGAAAUAUGGCACGGCAUCAACGAGCGAGACAAGCAGGAGAAUUUCAGCUACCAAUACCAAAUUAAGUUCCAGCCGAUCGGAGCAGGCAAUGACUACCACAUCGGUCAGACUGUGUUCAUGGACUUCGAGCUAAAGGGCGUGCAGAACAUUGUGGUUCCGUUUUGCAUCCUGUCCAAUUGCCGGAACUCCUCAAUCAUGGUGCAUGAUGGCACCGACUUUCGAAAUCUCCAUGUAAACUUCCGCGAUCCACAGGGCAUCACUUGGGCCUUUGUGCCGCCCGUGUCAGAUGAUGUUUACUUGCGAACCAUUACGGCAAGGAGUGGGGAUUUCAACCUGGAUGGGUAUCCUGAUCUCCUGGUUACUUUGCAGCCACUGAAUGUGGGUAAGCCAGUGAUGCAGACGUUCUUGCUAGAGAACGUGCCUUGCACAACGUGUAACAAGCCGCUAAAGCGCACUUUCGAGGUACGCUGGAACGCCCUUUCGCCAAUGGGCAACAACACGGUGGCAGGUGCAUUCUACGACUUCUACCAGGACGGUGUGCUCGAUGUGAUUCUUAUUCGAAAAGAGGCAAAAGGCAAAUACAAGCCACUCGCUUUCCGGAACACGCUUGACUAUGACGCGAACUUUGUGAAGGUGAUUGUGCUAACCGGAUUGGAUAACAAGCAGAACCCGGAGAGACGCACUCCUUUGGGUAGGAAAAAGCGCACCUAUGGCACUAACUUGCCAGGACCACGGAUCACCUACAGUACCACUACUCAGGAUGGUGAUCAGCAGUGCGGCAGUAGCGUUCAACUACCGCAGGCCUCGUACUUUGCUCUGCAACUACCGUAUACGUGCUUUGGCUUGGGUCGAACGCCAAAUUUCGUGGAUCAAUUGACCGUAGGACUUGGCAGCAAGUUACGCAACUGGACGCAACUUAUACCGAACUCUCAGAUCAUUGUGGUUCCAAAACCCCUAAACGAACCGUCGCACUGGAAGGCUCAGCUUUUUGUCACGCCUAGCAAAUUGAUUCUGAUGAGCGUCGUGGCGCUGGGUGGCACCUGCCUGGUUAUCGUCUUCAUCAUCCUUGUGCUAUACAUCAAGGAAAAGCGUGAGGAUAAACAGGAGCGCUUGCAGGAGUCUCACAGAUUUCAUUUCGAUGCAAUGUAAGGUGGUCGCCCCAUGAAAUGUAAAUGAUUCAACCAAUUAGAUGAGCUUUUAAUUUUAAUAUUAUUUAAUGUUGAUGAAUAUGCCUAAAAAAAGAAGAUUGCUCUGUUGAAUCCAUUAUAAGCUUACCAACCCUUUUGAGGUUCUAAAAUGCCACAAACAAAUUGAUAAAAAUGUAACGUAGAACAAUAUUUGGCGGACCAUCUCAAGGUGGCUUUUAAAAUCUUAGCUCAUCAUGGAAUCAAAAGAGACACUCCUUUACAUAAUUUAUAUUUGUAAUAUGGUUUAAGAAAUGUGAUAAUAAAAGGAUGAAAAAUAAGAUUCAAUAAGUUGCUCAGACAAA